AUGCCGCAGAACUCGAGAGGCGACACCGAGCAGAGCGGUAAGCGCCAAUCGAUCGGCAAGAGGAAGCUUUCUGAUCAAGGAGAGCUGUCGCAGCCGCGAUCGCAACAAACCAUCUCCGAGCUCCUCUCCCAGAGCUAUUCACCCGACAGCCUUGAUCCGCAAACCCAUAAGCGUUCUCGUCUGUCGCCGUCUCCCUCCCGCUUCUCCUCAACCCAAACCAUCCCGCAUAAGAUGCAUCCGAUUUCCGGUUCCCCGCCCAAGAAUGGCGCGCCUGGUCGGGGACUAUCUGGGCCAAAUGGCCCCACCAGGCCUCAAGGCUUGAACGCUCAUGCCCGCCAAAACAACUUCUCUCCUCAUACCGGCGCGAAAAAGCUCGUCGUCAAGAACCUUCGGACCGGACCUCGGCUUAACCAGGAAUCAUAUUUCGAUAAGGUGUGGUCGCAGUUGGAUGCGGCUUUAACGGCUAUUUUUGAUGGCAGGAAACCAGAGAGCUCACUGGAAGAGUUAUACAAAGGCGGAGAGAACGUGUGCCGCCAGGAGCGAGCAGCUUUGUUGGCUAAGAAGCUUCAGGAUCGGUGCAGAGAGUUUGUCAGCGGGAAAAUGCGCACGAAUCUUGCUACCAGAGCUGGAGGUAGCACUGACGUCGAUACAUUGCGGGCAGUGAUUGAGGCAUGGUCAGCCUGGCACUCGAAGCUAGUUACUAUUCGCUGGAUCUUCUAUUAUCUCGACCAGUCAUUCCUCUUGCAUUCCAAAGAACAACCGGUGAUCCGUGAAAUGGGAUUGAUUCAAUUCCGGUCAUACAUCUUCUCCGACGCUAGUCUGAAGCCAAAGAUUUUGAAAGGAGCAUAUGAUUUGAUCGAGGCGGAUCGAGGCGGAUUUACAAAGGCGUUGGCAGAUUCAAGUCUGUUAAGAGAGGCCACAGAGCUUUUCCACAGCCUCGAUGUUUAUGGGAGUGACUUUGAGCCUUUAUUCAUGGCCAAGUCUGAGGAGUUUGUGAAGGAGUGGGCUCAACAACAAGCAGCAGGAUCCCUGGCUGCAUACGUUGAGAAUUCUCACCAGUUGAUCGAACGUGAAGUAGAACGGUGCGGGCUGUUCUCUUUCAAUCGAAGCACGAAGCUCAAACUGUCCGAGCUCCUGGAUGAGAGUCUAGUUACACAGCGAACGGACAUGUUGACCAGCGAAAACGAAGUGCUUGGUUUGAUGCGAGCCGGCAAUAAGACCGCCUUGAAACAACUAUACGGUCUGCUUGACCGGCGAGAUCUUAGUCUCGAUUUGAAGCCUGUAUUUAGGAAGUACAUCAUCGAGGAGGGUGAGGGUAUCGUGUUUGAUCAAGAAAGCCAGGCCGACAUGGUAAUUUACCUGCUGCAAUUCAAGCAAAAGGUUGAUGGCAUUUUGACCAGUGCUUUCGAGUCCAACGAGGAAUUGGGCCACACGAUUCGCGAAGCCUUUGGCGCCUUCAUGAACCAUGGCAAGAAGAUGGACUCUACAGGUGGUACUGACAACCCAAAGUCAGGUGAAAUGAUCGCCAAAUAUGUGGAUAGGCUGCUUAAGGGCGGUUACAAGUUGCCCGCCGGCCGUAAUCCUGAGGAAAUCAGCCUGAUGUCCGACGAUGCAGAGCUUGACCGCCAGCUUGAUCAAGUUCUCGAUCUUUUCCGUUUCGUACAUGGAAAGGCCGUCUUUGAAGCCUUCUAUAAGAACGACCUUGCCCGGCGUCUCUUGAUGAAGCGAAGCGCGAGCAACGAUGCGGAAAAGAGCAUGUUGACUCGUUUGAAGAACGAAUGCGGGUCAAAUUUCACUCAUAACCUCGAGUCCAUGUUCAACGACAUGGACACUGCUAACGAUGAAAUGACGGCCUUCAGACGGUCGCAGCAGGAGGAGCGGAAGGGCCGAUUUGAAUUCGAAGUCAACGUGCUCUCUGCCGCCUCCUGGCCGACAUACCCCGAUGUCCCCGUACGGAUUCCACCGAAGAUCGCACGCUCGAUCAACAAAUUCGAGACGUUCUACCACAACAAACAUACAGGACGCAAGCUCACCUGGAAACAUCAACUGGCGCAUUGUCAGCUGACUGCCAACUUCCCCCUUGGCAAGAAGAAUCUGGUAGUCAGUUCGUUCCAGGCGAUUGUAUUGUUGCUAUUUAACGAUAUCCCCGAUGGCGAGAGCAUGCAGUACCCCCAGAUCCAAGAAGCGACCGGAUUGUCGGACCCGGAAUUGAAGCGAACGCUCCAGUCUCUCGCAUGCGCCAAGUACCGAGUCUUAUCCAAGAACCCCAAGGGCAAGGAUGUGAACUCCAGCGACCAAUUCUCAUACAACACGAGUUUCAGCGACAAGCAAAUGCGCAUCAAGAUCAACCAGAUCCAGUUGAAGGAGACCAAAGAGGAGACGAAAACGACACACGAGCGGGUUGCGGCCGACCGCCAUUUCGAGACGCAAGCUGCCAUCGUGCGCAUUAUGAAGAGCCGCAAAUCCCUCAGCCAUGCCGAGCUGAUUGCGGAGGUUAUCAAUGCUACUAAGAGCCGGGGUGUUCUUCAGCCUGCUGAGAUUAAAGGGGAGAUUGAGAAGUUGAUUGAGAAGGAAUACAUCGAGCGCAAGGAAGGCACUAAUCAAUACAGUUACGUGUCAUGA